UUCUUUAUUUGCCACUGUGAAUUAUAGGGCAAUUCCAGCCAUGUACAUCUGUACACAAUUUAUUUUCUUCAUCAUCCAAACAUCCAAAUACAUUUCAUUUUACAGUCAAGUCAAUAGGACAUGCACAGAUGCCUUAAGGCUGUAUGUUUUACAUGAAAAGGGCCAGGAAACAGUUUAUCAUUUAAAAGAAAAAUGUUUAUUAAUGAAUGAAUAGUAAGAUUUAGUAUAGGUUAAUGUUGACCAAACCACCACAGGAGGACCUCGGUGCUAAUGCAUGCGUGACACACCUGUUCUCUUUGCUGUGUGGUGCUCUCCUGCCACCAUUACACUUACCUGCCACUUCUGUUUUCAGUCUCUUUGUUGCUGAGAAGAUUACACUUCUGCUGUUAAUGCAGGAGCGAUUUCAUUCCCCACACAAGAGAAAUGGGCUGUGGGGCAAUAGGAGGAGGAGGAGGAGGCACAAAAGCAGCUAGAAUCACAACACAUGAGGGGCAAUUAAGCAAUAUGACGUUUGACAUAUGAAUCUCCUUUGGAAAACACGGGGACUGACACACGUCCUGUAAUGACGCUGAAUUACUGUAAAUGUGAGCCGCAUGUGUGUCUUAAAGUAGCUUUUGGUGAGAUUUGCUGCCUCUGUUUUGGGUUUUUUUGGGAACAGAAACAUUGUUUGCGUGUCGUGUUCUUCAUUGGAAAACAGGCUCUGUCAAGCAAUACUAUCAGACCUGACUGAGCGAUCGUGUGUAUGCAAGGGGUAGAAAGGGUUAAGAAGUGUUUAUCCCAUCACUCGCAGCAGCAGCAGCAGCAGCGUUGCCGUUGCCUCCCUCCGUCCUGAUAUGCAAUUAACCACUUCCUGUGUUGUGCACGAGAACGUCACUGAGCUACACAAGAUCUAAACCCUGCUCUACAGAGAAAUACACAGAGGCGUGUGUGGCUGAUAGACUUAAUCAGCAUUGUGUGAACUUAUUUGACAAUGAUUCGAAUGUAAUGGACAUUUAUUAGCACUGUUCUUAACAACAGGUUACAAAGUGCUUAACAGUCCCAUCAAGCCUACCUAGGAAAGAGAGAAGCCCAACAGUUCACAAUGUGAGCCAACACCAGGUGCAACGUGCAGGUGGUGCAGGUGGUGAGGCUUAGCCAGAGCCGCGGUGUAGCACAGACAGGCAACAGACAGAUAAAGUGGAGGGAUUUCCAAGCUGCACUUGAUAUUGAACAGAAUAUAAAUUCGAUAUAUAUGUAACACUGGGAAACCAAAAACCUACACCAACUCGUCACGUAGAAUGAAAGUGGAUAUCAUAGGGGAUGCACACUCGACUGCGCGACACAGCACAACAAAAACUGGCAUUGCAGAAAUACUCUGGCUGCAACGCAGGGAUCAAAAACUCUGUGUGAGAAGAUGUGCAGCCGUCUGCCUCGGUCGGUUGGGGUGAGAGGGAAAAUAGGAGGACGGAGGAGAAGCCAGCUGGGUGAAUUUUAGAAUCCAUUUUAAAAUCUUGACCCUAACUUUUAGAGCGUUGCAUGGUCUAACUCCUCCAUACACCUCUGAUCUGCUACAGCUUCACACCCCGGUCAGCAGGUCAGAUGUUACCUAGACUGUGGAGUGCUCUCCCCUUUUCCCUUAGACACUGUUGUCGCUUUUAAAAAGCAGUUCAAAACUUUUCUUUUUAUUCAGGCUUUUAGUAUUGUUUUAUUCUUUUUUUAAUGUGUUUGUUAUUCUGAUUUUUGCUUAAACUAUCAGUAUUUUAUGUAUUUCACUUGCAAAGUAAAAUAUACUUAUUUAAAAAGAGAAGAGUUAUAAGGAAAGAUGAGAGGUUUAAAAAGCCUUUCAAAAUUCCUAAUUUGGCAAAAUCAUAGCAAGUGUUUUAAAACCCUUUUCAGUGAGGCUCACAUUUUAUUUGGACUUGUUGGAUCAUUACACUGGCUCUUUGUUGUAAUAGGCUGUGAUUUGGCCACCUGGCUCUCUGCCCACUCCCACCUCCUGCUUUCCACUCAUGGAGGAUUUCAGGGGAGGUGCUUGGGUGGGUCCCUCAUGUUUAAUACAUUAUCCUGUACCCUAUAUCCCGUUGCCGCAUGUUCCUCCCGCUGAUUUGAGAUGGGGAAGAAGAGUUGUCACAUCCGGGAGGUUUUACGCGCGCCGUGCGUCAAGGUAACCACAGCCGCGGGGGUUACGGGAGGUUGCACGUUGUUGUGAGGGGACCAUCGGCCCGCGUGGACUCUUCCGUUAGUGUUCACUGCCGCAUGGACACGAGCACCUUUGCUGAAAUGGGCGUGUGCGGAGAAACCGGGAAGCAAACCGAAGCCAAACUCGUGUGAGAGUCUCGGUCUCAGUCGGGGGGGACAAAUGUCCACCUCGUGAAGAGCAAGUGGAUCCAUGUUCUGUCCAAUGUGUCCCAGCAGGACGGAGCAGACAAAGUUGAUGGAGUUAAAGUCAUUACAAAGAACAACAACUAACCGGAUAUGAAGCACCCAGAGUAACUAAAAAGUUGUCUCUAGCACUUCUACGCUUUUAAUUUAUAUGUCAUUUUUUGGCACAAUAUUUUGCAGUUUUACAAACCUGCCGAGUAUCCCGCAAUCACCCCCAGCUAAAAAGAAAUCAAAACGAAAACAUACUUAUUUGUUUAGUUUUAAACCAUCGCGGAGGGGAGGAUGGACCCUGCGUGCGGCAAAGUGGGGACAGCGUCUUUGGUCGCCGGCGGCGGAACCGGCGUGAGUGCGAAGGCGCCCAAACAUCUGUGGAGGCAGCAGAACCAGACUGCGCUCUCUCCGCUCCACCACCACGCGCUGGUAGUGCGCAAGAACGACCGAGUGAGACAAAGAGGCUUUUCGGACACCGAGCGAUAUCUCAACCCGAGGAACAUGGAUCGGACUUACGCAGUGGACACGGGGCACCGACCCGGGCUGAAGAAAUCCAGGAUGUCGUGGCCGUCGUCGUUUCAAGGUCUUCGACGCUUCGAUGUGGACAAUGGCACAUCGUCAGGCCGCAGCCCCCUGGACCCGAUGGCCAGCCCGGGCUCAGGCCUCAUCCUGCAGGCCAAUUUCGUCCACAGUCAACGGAGAGAGUCAUUCCUCUACCGCUCUGACAGUGACUACGACCUCUCCCCCAAGUCGAUGUCCCGAAACUCCUCCAUUGCCAGUGACAUUCAUGGAGACGAUAUGAUUGUAACGCCAUUUGCACAGGUUCUCGCCAGUUUGAGAACUGUACGAAACAACUUCGGUGCAUUAACUAAUCUACAGCAAGACAGGCCGUCCAAUAAGAGAUCACCCAUGUGCAACCCACCACCCAUCACCAAGACGACCUUCACAGAGGAGGCCUACCAGAAACUGGCUACUGAGACCCUGGAGGAGCUGGACUGGUGCCUGGACCAGCUAGAGACACUGCAGACAAGACACUCCGUCAGUGAGAUGGCUUCCAACAAGUUCAAGAGGAUGUUGAACAGGGAGCUGACUCACCUAUCAGAGAUGAGCCGCUCUGGGAACCAGGUGUCCGAGUUCAUCUCCAGCACGUUCCUGGACAAGCAACAUGAAGUGGAGAUGCCGUCCCCUCAGAUGCAGAAGGAGAAGGAGAAGAAGAACAAGCCCAUGUCUCAGAUCAGCGGGGUGAAAAAGCUGCAACACUCCUCCAGCCUCACAAACUCCAAUAUCCCACGCUUUGGGGUGAAGACGGAGACGGAGGAUGAGCUUGCUAAGGAGCUGGAACAUGUGAAUAAAUGGGGCCUUAAUGUUUUUAAAAUCUCAGAGUUCUCUGGGAAUCGGCCACUAACAGUCAUGAUGUACACAAUAUUCCAGGAGAGGGACUUGUUAAAAACUUUUAAAAUUCCACUUGACACCUUUAUAACGUACCUGAUGACCUUAGAAGACCACUAUCAUGGCGAUGUGGCCUAUCACAACAACAUUCAUGCUGCUGAUGUUACCCAGUCAACACAUGUGCUGCUGUCCACCCCUGCCCUUGAGGCUGUGUUCACGGACCUGGAGAUCUUAGCUGCCAUCUUUGCCAGUGCGAUUCACGACGUGGACCAUCCUGGAGUCUCCAACCAGUUCCUCAUUAACACCAAUUCAGAGCUAGCAUUGAUGUACAAUGACUCAUCUGUGCUGGAGAACCACCAUUUAGCAGUCGGUUUCAAGCUCCUGCAAGAGGAGAACUGUGACAUCUUCCAAAACCUGACCAAAAAACAAAGACAAUCACUGCGAAAAAUGGUCAUCGACAUCGUGUUGGCGACGGACAUGUCGAAGCACAUGAAUCUACUGGCUGAUCUGAAAACUAUGGUGGAAACCAAGAAGGUGACCAGCUCUGGUGUCUUGUUGCUCGAUAACUACUCUGACAGGAUACAGGUUCUCCAGAACAUGGUGCACUGUGCGGACCUGAGCAACCCCACCAAGCCUCUCCAGCUGUACCGGCAGUGGACAGACCGCAUCAUGGAGGAGUUCUUCAGUCAGGGCGACAGAGAGAGGGAGCGAGGCAUGGAGAUCAGCCCCAUGUGUGACAAACACAACGCCUCGGUAGAAAAGAGCCAGGUUGGUUUCAUAGACUAUAUCGUGCACCCUUUGUGGGAGACGUGGGCUGACCUGGUCCAUCCCGAUGCCCAGGACAUCCUGGACACUUUGGAAGACAACAGGGAGUGGUACCAAAGCACCAUCCCCCAAAGUCCCUCUCCUGCUCUAGAUGAGCCUGAGGAUGGGACGCGACCCCCAGGUGGGGACAAGUUCCAAUUUGAGCUCACUCUGGAGGAGGACGGGGAGUCGGACACUGAGAAAGACAGUGGCAGCCAGCCGGAAGAGGAGGAGGAGGAGGAGGAGGAGGAGGAGGAAGAGGAUGACAACAGCUGUACUGACUCUAAAACACUCUGUACCCAGGACUCUGAAUCAACAGAGAUUCCUUUGGACGAACAGGUGGGGGACGAUGAAGACGACGACGAGGAGGCGCCAGAAGAGGAGGGAACGCCCUGUUCGCCGCCAUGUGUGUUGGAGGAAGACGUCGCGGAGGACGAUAAGGAGAAAGAGGACUCUCCCGACACAUAGCAGUUUUUGGACAGCACCUGAUUAACUGUUCUUCUUAGUAAUGACAGAUGAUUAUUUAUAGAAUAUUUUUGGGGUUUUGUGGAGUCUCUCUGUGUUUUUUUUAUACAUCUAUGUUUAUGGUUCCAAAGCGUUUGCUGCUCUCCACCUUGGCCACUCCUCCUGUCAGCUUUGUUCAGACACGCCCACUGGUACUUCAAGUUUUUUUGCACUCAGGAAGCUCCUUUCCAUUCCCAUUUGUACUGAAGUGGUGUGUCCUUAUUUCAAUUCUACACCCCUUUACUAUCUUCAGUUUAGAACACGGAUGACAGUGCUCAGCGACGAUCACAUGAUUGAUAAUACCGCAUUUAUUUUCUUUCCUGCACUUUGUCUCGGCCUUGCCUGAAAGUUUUAGCAGUGUUUUUUAUCAAGUGCCCAUGUCCUACUGAGACACUUACGGGUGUUUUCAAGGAGAAAUCUCCCCCUCGGUUACGUCGUUCUCCUCCUCACUACAAGCGUUAUACUGUCGUUCUGCUGAAAGCCCUUUGGGACGUCACAGAGAUAAAAAGCUGCAGCACACUGGGGGAGCUUUUUCGAGACACAUCGCCAUCGAUGUGGUAGUCUUCCUUGAAAAAAAACAAAACAGAAACGACUGACACAAAGCUCAAAUCCAAACAGCCAUCGAUGCUGUUUCCUAGACCUCUUAUCAUUUUCUUUUUUAUUGUACUGUAUGUAAUAUUACAAAUAUUUUCUAGAAUUUACUGUGGCAAUUCCAGGGUUUUCUUUUGUUAGCGAAGGAAAAUGAAUCUCUUUGGAAACCAACGGGGAGAAAUGAGUAACUAUACUGUAUAUUCAGUGUUUUGAAGGGGGGGUAUCUUUACUGCUGGGUUACAUUAAGAGUGUUCUGAGGUGUUUGCACUUGCUCCAAUAGCAUUUAUACUGCUAUCUCCAUGCCACUAUACUCAUAUUUGGUUUGUCCUAUGAGUUGAAAUUUAGACUUUUAUUUUAUUUAAAAUACCUAUUACAUUUACUGCAAGUUUUCUCCGAGAGGGAAUAGAAUUCUACCGUCCUGCAUCUCAUGCUUUACUCUCACUGAAUUUGUGUAUGAUGUAGAUGGCGCCUUUCAAUUCUUUUAAAUUAUUAUUAUUUUUUUUUUAAUUAAUGUUGCCUGCAGUUCUUUUGAACACAUUGUCAGACAAUGCAACGCUUUGUAGUCGACACAAAGAGCACCUUUUUGCUUUAUUUUUUUACACUUAAUUAGUGCUCAGUGUAUACAGAAAUAGUCAUGGUGUUUGGAAAAAAUACUGGGUGAUUUUAUACCAAUGUUAUGUAAGCCUUUAUUGUUGCCCCCCCCCCUUUCUUUUGCACAUUAGGUUGACGUACACACACACACACAUCACCAACAGCUGCGCACCACCUCAUCUUCAACCACUUUGAGUUCAGUUUUCAUCCAAAUGGUAUUUACUUCCUCCAUCGCCACCUUAACCCUUUAACACAGAGCGUAUCGCGGCCGAUGGGUAAUUAUUACGGUAAUUUCACUCGCGCUGUCGCAGGACGCCAGUGUCUUCGUCACCAGAGAAGAGAGAGGGUUGAGGAUUUCUCGAAAGGCUGUGGUGCCGGAAGUGACGUACUGAGGGCCGCAGCAACCAAAUGACUUUUUUUGACUAUGACUAUAUGGCCUUACCAGGUCAUCUUGGCCCUAACCCUUAACCUCACUUCUUCUAAACCCCUGCUCUUUCCCCCCGAAAUGUAGUUGUUUCUUGUACAUGAUAUAUUUAGAAGCCGUCUCUUCUUCCACUUUUCUGAGAUUUCUCUCAAAGUCCUGUGUUGUAGUGAAAACUUCGGGACUUCUAGCUUGGGGAAUAGUUGCCGGCGCCGGCUCUCAGUGCAUCACUUCUGGUAUCACAGCCCUCCGAAAAAUCCUAAACCAGGAGAGAGUUGGAAAAAACCUGUGCAUAGUUUCCAUUUUUUCUGGCCUGUUUGUGGUCACCGAGACAAAAACUCAACAACUAUUACUUUAAAUAUGUUUUAUACUGUCCAAAUUUCAAAGGUAACACGCAGUGUCUGGUGUUCGUGCACAACUGCAGGGUUUUUCUUCAUUUGAAAUUGUUAAUACGCUAUUUUAACAUGCAGUAAAUUGUAAAUAACUGCCAGAUAUUGAAAGUUAUUCUGGGAAAAAUGGGCAAAAACAUUUACUCCCAGGACUUUUUUUCUGGUUUAACUUUUCUGGUUAUGGUUAGAAUAAGCAAAAACUAAAUAAAAAUAAAGUUGUCCCCUCUGCAUAGACAUUCUAAUGCACUGAUAUAUUCAUAUAUCGCCACUUUAUGCUUAAACCGGCCAAAAACACUCACUCACUUGUGCAUACCUAGGCUUGAACAAUGCUGUCUUACACCUCGGCCAAGAGUCUCUUAACAUUUUUCAGGUUUCUCUCAUUUGUCACUUAUCAUUAUUAUUAUUAUUAUUAUGUUAUUAUUAUUUAUUGUUUUUUGUGUUUUUUUUGCAAUAUAAAGGUGGUACAGUAAAUAUUUCACUGUAGCAUAGACGACAGUACAGGCUUGCCAGUUACAAUACCCAAAUAUACUUUCGUUUUUUCUCACUCUCUCUGUGUACAUAUAAUAUAGAAAAUCGACAAAAGGAAGAAAAAAAACACUUGAAAAUCUGCACACAGCUUUUUUUUUGUUUCAACUGUGUCAUUUAAAAAAACGUUUCAUUUCGUCUUUCAUUUUGUGCCAAGUUUUCUUUUUCUUUCUCCAUCCUCACCCAAUGCCCUUACCUGUAAUAAGAUUUUCUCGUUUUAUUGCUGUUUACAAACAUAUUUAUUGUGCUGUAUAUAUAUAUAAUAUAUAUAUAUAUAUAUAUAUAAUUAUUAAUGUUAUUACUAUCAUAAUGCCGUCUGAUGUAAAUGGUUGAUUCUUAUCAUCCCUUUUGGUGAUGGUGUGGCUGUAUUACGUACCUCUUGUUGAGAGAAUGUUUAUUACACAUGAGCUUCAGUGUAAAAAUGAUCCAUCAACAUGUUUGCUUAUGUGAGAACUAGCUCAGUGACGAGAGGGGGGAAAGCCAAAUUGGUUGUUUGUUUUUUUUUAAAGAAACUGUUCCUUGGCCCAUGGGCUGUGCCUUAAAUUCAACAUUUACUUAAAGCUUUUUUAUUUCUUUUAUUUCCUAGUUCUCUUUUGCUGCAUUAGUGAAACUGUUGUCUUGGGCUGGCCUGAUCUCCUGUUGUGAAAAUGUUGCCUUUUUUUUUUUUUUAAAUAUGACAGCCAAAUACAAUUUGCAUCAAAAAUGUGGCACUGGGUUCUAACUAUUGUCGUCGGUGUGUGGAGGUGUGUAGAGAUUCAUGUCAUCUGCAAGUACAUCGAUUUUACUACUUGAGUGAUGUGCGGCCCUAUAGUUGGAUGUCAGAGGAGUCACGUUUGCUGUAAACCUGGUCUGAACAAACACACACUUUCUUUACACCCGGCCACUGUACACUCAAAGACGCGACUCGGCAUGUUGAGCGACAAGUAACUUUUGGUUACAUCUACGUGGUUGUUUUCACAGCGACAAACACUGGAGUCGGGUGCAACAAGAGUGUGCAGUUGGUGCUCGACCACGGCCUUCGAAGCACAGAGACUCUGAGACACGACUGCAUCAGCCACUGCUGCAUUAAUUAUGGCUGAAACACUGACAGUGUGUUGCUUAUCUAUGCUUGGCCCACACUUCCACUUACAUUACUUGCAAUAUCCAAAACCACUGACAUCUUUCUGCCUGGACAGGAGAAGGUUUGAGUAUAUUUUGGUAGUGAAGGGGGGGUUGGGAGGGUCGGGGAUUCAGGUUUUGGGGUGAGUCACAUCAUUGUCCCCGAGACGAGGGACUCUUAUUUUGACACAUAUACUGUAGAUUCUAUACAGCCCUGGACCAAUGGAAAGGAAAACACAAACUGUAACUUAAAAAAGGUCUUCAGGACAAUUAUUUUUGGGUUAUGUCUUUAGAAUGCCAACUUGUCUGGAAGUUUCAUAGGACAACUGAAAUGUUAUUUUAAUGGAUUCCUUGUUAAUUGCAGUCUAUUGGAUAGCACUGUAGAUCAUACAACUUUAUUUAAAAAAAAAGACAAAAAGAAUGAAAAAAAAAAGUUUUUAUAUGCAAUGGAUUCAAUUAAAGCAUGGGUUGAUUCUGCCUA